AUGUCCAGUCCACAGCAGCGCUUUUUGAAAGUCUGGGAACGUACUCAAUACACGCGCGAAACAAGCUGGCCACAUGUAAUCAUGGUGUUGUUUGUCUCCCCACUGCCAUGUUUGAUCAUUACGGUACUCAGCGACGUCAUGCCUCUCGAUGAGCCAUCCGGGGGCAUCAAGGUCAACAAGAUGUUUCAAAUACGACAAUACUACAGCUACGUUGUUAUGAGCUUCCUAUGUGCGCAACAAUUCCGUACUAGUGUGCGAGCACUACCGUACCCGAAUUGGCGGGUGUGGAGAAACACAUUUAUUGUGGCCGGUCUGACCGUCGCUGUUCUUCACGGAUCGGCACUGUGGAUCGGCUUCCCCGUACCAUUCUCGAUCGUCAUUGCGAUGCCAGCCUGGGUAGUUAUCAUCACGAUCUCAAUGGCCAUCGAAUGGCUGAGACCUAUCCAACAGAACCCAGGAACAGGAACCAUGGUGAUCAAUACAAUUAAGGUGUGGCUUUAG